UGCCUGUGGUUGCAGCAGGACCUCCUCCCCUCCUUCACCCUCCUUGUGUGCGCAGUUUUGCUGCAGCCUGGAGCCGAACACAGCUGCUCAGUCCGACCAGCGGCAAACAUCACUGACUGUCUGGCUGAACCGUUAAAUGCCGAGCGCAGAACGCUGUGUUUGGACAAAAAAAGAGAAGUAGGCAGAAAGAGGCGAGCUGGUGAAAGUCAAGUCAGCCAAAACCAUAUCUGUUCCCUCUCUAUUUUGGUUCUGACCAAGUGGGUAUUGUUCUACAAAUGGAUAAUGGAGACUGGGGCCAUAGGAUGACCACUCCUGUUACCUUGAACGUGGGAGGCCACCUGUACACCACCAGUUUAUCCACCCUGCAGCGAUACCCAGACUCCAUGCUGGGUGCCAUGUUCCGAGGAGAUUUCCCCACAACUCGCGAUUCCCAGGGGAAUUAUUUCAUCGAUCGAGAUGGAACGCUUUUCCGGUACAUCCUGAACUUCCUGCGGACAUCUGAACUUACCCUCCCCGUGGACUUCACAGAGACAGACCUCCUAAGGAAAGAGGCAGACUUCUACCAGAUCGAACCUCUGAUCCAGUGCCUUAAUGAUCCCAAGCCACUGUACCCUCCUGACAUCUUCGAACAGGUUGUGGAGCUCUCUAGCACCCGGAAACUGUCAAAAUAUUCAAACCCUGUUGCUGUCAUCAUCACACAGCUAACCAUUACUACAAAGGUUCACGGCCUGCUGGAAGGUAUUUCCAACAACUUCACCAAGUGGAACAAGCACAUGAUGGACACCAGAGACUGUCAGGUGUCCUUCACCUUUGGACCGUGUGACUACCAUCAAGAGGUGUCCCUAAGGGUUCACCUCAUGGACUACAUAAUGAAACAAGGCUUCACCAUCCGCAACACGCGUGUACAUCACAUGAGUGAGCGUGCAAACGAGAACACGGUGGAACAUCACUGGACUUUCUGCAGACCGGCUCACAAAGUUGAAGACUGAGUAGCACAGGUGUUGUAGGUGACACUGCUGUUUGAUUUGUCCUCAUUUUACACAAAUAAUAAUAGAAAAGAACAAAACUGAGCCCUUUUUCAGUAAUGUAUCACCAACAACGAUUUUUUCCCCCUCAUUCGUGGUACAGUGCACAAGUCCAGACGUCCAGCGUGUUGCAGUGCACAAGUCCAGACAGAUAGCAUAAAAACAAUGAAAAUGUAAAUUCUUGAUUAAUUCACCUGUUCAAAUUGCAAGAGUGUUAUCUUAUUAUAACACUUUCUUAUCUGUGCUACCACUGCAUAUUUAACAUUUCUUGAAAAAUGUAUGCUUUGCUGAGGUAAAGGUCUACAAAAGAAAAACAGCAUUCGUUAUGAAGCAGAAAGACUCUAUAGCAAUGAUUUUAUUCAUGUUGGGCACUACAUUAUAACCAAAUGAUGCUAAAAAAUAUGGGUACAUUGAUUUUUAUAAGAAUAAUUGUGAUUUAAUGUGGUUCCAAAACCUGCAUCUGUUUAUUCUGAAGUCAGUAAUAAAGUGACUGUGAACAGAUAGCCAUGAUUUUAGACUUUACGCCUACAUACAGUAUCAAAUCUAACAUGUAUUAAUGUAAAUUCAUGUCACGAUUUGAGGGGAAAAGAUGGAUUGAAAAGGUUUGUACCCCAUACACAAGCUGUCUUGGUCAUGUUUUGGACUAGAGACACAGAACAGAUAACUUUUUUUGAACCCAAACCGUCAAGAGGUUACAUUUUUGUUUAAUAAUAAUAAUAAAUUAUGAUUAGCCCAAUUUCUUAAUGGUAAGUUUACAGUAGUCUCAAAAUUAGUCUCCUAGUUCUCUAUAAUCUCCUUGUACGGUACUAUUUCUUAAGACCCAAGUUGUUGUUGCAUGUGUCCCAGUGUCUUGUGUAUGUAUACGUAUUUGCUGUGUGCGCUUUGUGGUAUUAUGUCAUACUGUUACACUUUAGAGCUCAUAUCAAAAGUGAUGUGUUUGGUCAUCCCAGCCAAAAUAAACCCAUUUGUGUAUU